UUCAGUGCAAUAAUGGAUGAGAUUAUAAGUGAAAGCCAUAACAGUCUUGAGGACUGGAUUGCCAUCAAAACAGAUCUCUUCGCUACCGAUGAGCGACGGAAAAGACAUCACUUUCUUGUGGGCUAUAAUCAUAUCGAGGACUCGAUUGCCAUCACAUGUCUUGAGGGCACGCGAAGAGCAGCCGAUAAGAGGAACAAAGCGAUGGCCUCUUCGCUCACUGUGCAGAAUUUGAUGGAUAUUAACACACAGUUGUCACUAAUUGAGCCAAAUUUGGACCAAUACUUCGCACCAAUCGCUCAACUGAUCCAAAACCGAAGUUCGCAUUCGAGAUCAAGUGCUGACUCUCUGUUACAAUUGACUUCCAUUUACACAAUUGAAGACCAAUUGAUGGCUGAAGUAUUUGAAAGUCUGGCAGAACUCUAUGACUUUCAUUUACAGCCUUUCGUUAAGUUACGAGAAUUUGCCAACAAUUGCAUCCAAAAAUCACAACUCAUUAUUAAUAAUCCAGAUUUGGGACAACGAGUUAAAAAUGAGGCAAAAAUAGAGUUGAAUGAAUCAAAAGAGCAAUUUCUGAGUUCAACGGAAGCCAUUCAACAGCUCUAUAAAGACUAUUAUCGAAAUACUGUGGAACUAAUGACCGAACAGACGAACCGAAUGAAAGCCGAUCAGAAGAUGUUCGGCGAAUCGGCUUUUCAGGUCAUGGGAUCUCUCAGUCGUCUCCAGAAGUUAGAACUCUUUCUCAUUGAAGAGAAGAUAAAAUUUUUAAAUACAAUUAAGACAACCAAUGAUUUUCAAAAGAAUCAAAUUAAACAACAAUUGAAUGAAAACCCGACAAAAAACGAGUUGAAAAUUAUUGAAAAUCAAUUGUUUGAAAUGGAAAUCAUUUGUAUUGACUCUAAACUAGAGAUUCUUUGCGAAGAAGAAAAGUUAGUCAAACAAAAAGUUGUGAUUUUGGAGACGGAAUCCAAACUUAAUGAAAGCGCAGAAGAAUUCUUCGACACCGUUGAGGAUGAAAAUGAAUUGAAAACACUUGAGACUUGUGUUCACAAAACAUCUAAAGAAAAGAAAUUAUCUCCACUUAAGACAAAACAAAAUCAUUUGAAUAGAAAGAGAGCUCUUCUUAGAAAUAAAAGACAACAAAUGAUAUCUAAUAAGUCAUCGAAACUACUAAACGAAGCGAAAGAUAAAGAAAAUUAUGAAAAACACCACAAAAUUCAGCUCAAAAAGAGUAACAAUAAUCAGUCAUUUUCUGUCGGCAAAAGGGAUGACCAAAACGCUAAACAAAUCCGACAAAAAACUUUGGAAAGACUCAGAAAAUACAAUUUAAAAGCUUUGUUAACAGAAAGUAAAAGUAAUGAAACUAAUGAUAAUCAGGACAUUCAUCCUCUCCCUCCCUAUCCGGACACAAGUGCUCUUAAAAUUAGUGCCAAAACACAGGAUCUGCCGCUACCUCCACCUCCUCCUCAGGAUGAGCAGCAAAUCCAAGAAUCAGAGAAUUCCCAAAUUUUAUUGCCUUCAAUGCCUUCAUUUCAAGCUCCCGCUCCCCCGCCGCCGCCUCCUCCGCCCCCUCCACCCCCUCCACCCCCUCCACCUCCUCCCCCACCCUCUGUUCCUUUGUUCCCAUUAACGGCUGGAACUGCUUUUAAACUGAAGAAAACUGAUUGCAUUGCUAUGCGAGACGAGUCGUCCCAAAAGAAAGUGGGUUUAAUAGAAUUGAACGAUAUAUUGAAAGUGAGGGGUAAUCUCAAGCCGACUGGAAGUGCGAACCAAAACAAAGGCAAACAAUCCAAAGGCGAUAUCGAAGGCAAUCUUUGGCGAGGAAUGGAAGCGGCGCUCAAUAAAAGGCGAGAUAUUAUUCAAGAAUCGGACGAAUCGUCCACUGAUAGCGACGAUGAAUUUCAAUGA